CGCCUUUAGCUCGCUACCUGAGUGUCCUUCCACUCAGUCUUCUGCCGGCGAUGCUUAAGUGACUCCAGGAUCACCUUCAACUAUCAAACUGCAAUCAAACCACCAUUCAAAAAGUCUCAUGUGCUGUGUUUUCCCCUGCCUGCCCAGCUUCUGAUAACCGUGAGUCAUCCGCAUGGCUCCUCCACCUCUGUUCCUAUCAUUGCUCUGGGUUCUCACGUUAUUCAUUGGUGGAGCAGCUGCAUCUGUCUGCAAUGUCACCUGCAGCACGGACUACAACACAAUGCUUAACUGCUCCUGCUCAGGCUCUGUGCCAGCACUUCCUGUUCGACUUGAUGUGACUUGCAGUGAUGAUAGUGACGAUGAGGUUAAAGGCAGCUGUGAGAUCAAACCACCACAUUCUUGGUGCUCUAUCGUUGAAGAGAAUCUCUACUUAGUUGCUUCAGUUGACAACAUCUGCUCUGCUACAGUCAGCCUGCCCAGCAGCGAAGGAUGGGUAGAACUCAGUGAGUCAUUCCGAUGGGCGAUCUCUCAAGUGGUAAAACCUGAACCUCCUGUUAAUAUCAAAGUGGCAAAUGCUACAGACCCUGGAUUCUACAACAUUACCUGGAGCGACACCUCGGAAGGAUGCCUGAUAUACGGAGUCCGCAUAAGAAAUGCAACAGACCUGUUUCAGGAUAUAAUCAAUGAGGUACAGGGAAAAGAGAAAUACUUUAGGCUAAGUGAAGAAAUCCUCCGACCUGACACCGCCUACAUUGUGGACGUUCGGGCAAAACACUGUCCUGAUUACUACCUUCAGGGUCCGUGGAGCGAAUGGAGUUCUGGUGUCCAGUGGAUCACAGCGAAAGCUUCUCUGGAGGAAGAAGAUUUACCAGGAAUAAAUUUUUACUGGCUUUACAUAUCAACGCCCAUCAUUCUCUUCCUCGCCCUCCUGUUAUUGGGAUACCUACAAAAACCGUGUUGGCUGAAAAAACUCAGAAUGAUCACAUACAUCCCCAGACCCCAUGAAUUUUUCAAGCCCCUCUACCAAAACUAUGAUGGGAAUUUCACGGAAUGGGUGAAGCCUGUGUUCACUGAGUAUGAUUACCUAAAGGUAACCACAUGCAUCACGAUGAUGAACGAGAAGCAGAGCGAAAUCCUCAGCUGGAGAAACGAGAAGCAAAGUUACAGCGAGGACCACGAGGUAAAAGAUGGUGAUGACUUUGCUCAUGGUGCGCAGCUUCCCAGCAACCGGCUGCUGCAUUUCCAGGACAGCAGCACGUCACAGGGCACCGUCCACUCCACAGGACACAUCUCUAUCCACACUGUGACUCUUUCUGGAGAAGAGUUCGAGGGAGAGGUGACGUCACAGAGCUCGUUCAGAAGUUACCAAGAUGGUGAAAGUUUUGGCUCAUUUGAUGACGCUAACAGGGAUAAUGCCUCGUAUGAUUUAGAGGAAUCCCGAGUGUCGCAGAUGGACCGGCAAAGUGGGAUAUCACUACGAGAAAACCAAAUUGCCAAUGAUUUAUUAAUGGAAAACCAAAAUUAUCCGCCAGAUGCUGAGUUUCAGGAAGCAGAGAGGGUGUCUCUGGACUCAUUCAAGUCAAACGAACACUCGGAGGACGGCUACCCGCACGUGGACUUGGACACCAUCGACAGUGGCUUUGGAGAGUGCAGCAGCCCCGGGGCUUCAGACUCACCCUCAAACUCCUUUCCAGAGCAGAGGCACUUAAAUUCAAACUAUGUCAAGCAGUGGAUGAUAUCCAGCACAAUUCAGGAGGAUCCCAACAAUGUGAACAAUGAACUCCACACAGUAACUGUAGCAUCUGAUUCACAACCGCAGUUACAGUAACUGUAUCUAUAAGAGGGAUUAUCGCCCGAGCACUAUGUACACAAUCUGUGUGUGUUUUAUGCAACUUUUGUUUUCCAUGCAUAUUAUGAGCCAAGUAAAAGUAUCUUUAUUUAAAAUUCUCUCUUGUAUUUUUAUGAUGUACAGAAAUCUGUGUAUUGCUAUAGAACUGAGAUACUUGUAUGAUUUUAAUGACACUCGUUUAGCUCUACCUUUAUUUGUACAGAUAA